CUAAAACGUAACGAUAAAGAGAGAAAGAGAAGCUCGAAAACUGAUAAAAAAAAAGAAGAAGAAGGAGAGAGGCAGGAGACUGAUCCACCAUUAAUGCCACCACUACCCAACGGCAACGCCUUUUCUCACACUCUCUCAUGUUGAGACUUGAGAACCAAUAGAAUAAAAAGUGUGAUAUAUAGCUGAAGAUUGCUUAAAGGUUCCCAUUUUUGGUUCUCUCUACAGAAUCACCACACAAUCAUGGGGGCUUGCUUGAGUGCUCAGGUCAAAGCUGAGAGCCCAGGGGCGAGUCCAAAGUUCAAAGAUACUGGCAGUCUUGGGAGUAAGGGUUCAUCUGUGUCUGUAAGACCAACCCCUCGAACUGAGGGAGAGAUCUUACAGUCUCCAAACCUCAAGAGUUUCAGCUUUGCAGAGCUCAAAUCCGCAACUAGGAACUUCAGACCAGACAGUGUGCUUGGUGAAGGUGGAUUCGGUUGUGUCUUCAAAGGAUGGAUUGAUGAGAAGUCUCUCACGGCAACCAAACCAGGCACUGGUUUGGUUAUUGCUGUUAAAAAGCUUAACCAAGAUGGUUGGCAAGGUCACCAGGAGUGGCUGGCUGAAGUGAAUUACCUAGGCCAGUUCUCUCAUGGACACCUCGUGAAGCUGAUAGGUUAUUGCCUAGAGGAUGAGCACCGUCUUCUUGUUUACGAGUUCAUGCCACGUGGUAGCCUAGAGAAUCAUCUUUUCAGGAGGGGUUUGUAUUUCCAACCGUUAUCUUGGAAACUUAGGUUGAAAGUUGCUCUUGGUGCUGCAAAGGGACUUGCUUUCCUUCACAGCUCCGAGACAAGAGUGAUAUACAGAGACUUCAAGACUUCUAACAUCCUUCUUGAUUCGGAGUAUAACGCAAAGCUCUCUGAUUUUGGGUUGGCUAAGGAUGGGCCAAUAGGAGAUGAAAGCCACGUCUCUACACGUGUCAUGGGUACACAUGGAUAUGCAGCUCCUGAGUACCUCGCAACCGGUCAUCUAACAACAAAGAGUGAUGUCUAUAGCUUCGGGGUUGUACUUCUGGAGCUGUUGUCUGGUCGUCGAGCCAUGGACAGAAACAGACCGUCGGGAGAGAGGAACCUUGUGGAGUGGGCUAGACCAUACCUAGCAAACAAGAGAAAGAUAUUCAGAGUAGUUGAUAAUCGUCUUCAGGACCAGUACUCUAUGGAAGAAGCAUGUAAAGUGGCUACUCUGUCUCUGAGGUGUCUUACUACAGAGAUUAAGCUUAGACCAGAUAUGAAAGAAGUGGUUUCUCAACUUGAGCAUAUUCAGUCUCUAAAUGCUUCUAGAGGAGGAAACGUGGAUAGGACAGAGAGAAGAGUGCGUAGGAGAAGUGACAGUGUUGUUACCAAAAAACCUGAUGCAGGUUUUGUUAGGCAGACCGCUGUGGGCUGUACAGUUGUCGCUUAUCCUCGCCCAUCUGCUUCGCCGCUGUAUGUCUGAAGAGUGAUAACACGUCUGUGUUCUUGCUUGAGCUUUUGCAGAACAUGUAAGUUCCUAUAUUAUGUCAUGUCUUGGAUUUGGUUGUACACUUGUCUGUUAGUGCAAGAAUUCAGUUCAUAAUACAGUCCAUCUCUGCUUACAGGACAACAAACAAUUAAUUUUGAUCUUUGUAACAUGAGGUUACAUUGACACAUGGAUAAGUUAGCUUCCAUAUAUGCUUUUUAUUGA